GGUUUAUUCAAACAUAAUCUCCAAAAGAUAUGACAAGUAAUCAAUCAUCCAACUACAAGUCAACAAAGAAAACAAAAAGGCCAAACAAACAUAAAAAAACGUGUUAACCAUAAAAGGCAAAACAUAGACAUUACUUGUGAGUUAAUUCAUAAUUGGCAACACACAACCAACAAAGAAAAUCUCAUUUAAUCAAGCAAACAAGUAACAAUAGUAAACUUAGUACAACAUGAGUCAAUUUGUCAAAGGACCGACUAACUUAAUAAAAUGAUGACUAGUGACGGAUCAAUUCCUCGCAAAGUCACCUUCAAAAGGAGAGUAGAUAAAUUAUUGAGGACGACCAAGAAAGAAGAAACCCACCACACCAACAAGAGCAACAGCUACUGUACUAGAUUUAACUCACCUCUCAUUGCUCUCCCCAGUUCUCUGUUUACUUGUGACAUACGAAACAUGAAAUUGGUCUUCUCUGUAUAGAUGUAUAUGGAUCUCAAAUUAAAAAUCUUUUGUUACUCAUCAAAAGAGGUUGAGUUUAUCUCAUCUUCGUUUUCACUGUAAUUUCCUAUCUUCUGUUAUUUGGAAUGGAAACUUAUCGAGUCAAAUAUUGCAAUUGCAUUUAUCAUCUAUGUGACUAAUGGUGGGUUUAGAAAUGUUUUUUUUUUUUUUGGUUAAGAACAAAAACAACUAAAUGAAGACUUCAAAUGUUUUCACAACACAUCACACAAAGACUGCCUAUAUUGAUUCUGGCCUUAAUUUUAGUAACAUGCUACCAAUAAAAUCCCUAAUUCUGUGUCAUUUUUGUGUGUUUACGGAGGAUCACAAUAAAGACAUGAUGAUGGGGUUACACAGUAACUUGCUUUUUGUUUGUAAAAAAAGUUUCUAUAAAUAGGUAUGUUUUAUCCUUUAGAUCGAGACAUAUAUAUCACCUCUAACCAAAAAAAAAAAAUCUACAUGGUAUCAAAACAAUGAAUCGUCUUUUGUGCUUUUUGUUUGUUAUGGCAUUAUAUGUUGGGUUGGGUAAUGCACAGUUUGGAAAGAAAAACUCUCUACAUUUCAAGAAUUCUCUUAGUCCAGGAAAAGAUCUCUCGAUUUAUUGUACUUUUAACAAAGAAUCUCUAGGCAGCGUUGAUUUGAACUCUGGAGAAACUUACGUUUUUAGCUUUCAUGGUAAAUUUGAUUUCAAAAACAAAAUUGAUUGUAACUUUCGGAAAGAAUCUUUUUAUGCAAAGAUUAGGGCAUUUGAAAGUGGCACUGGCGCAUUUGAUCAUGGUAAGAAAAACUUUUGGGAUGCUAGAGAAGACGGGAUUUACUUCACGCAUGGUAAAAAAACACCAAAGUUAGAGUAUACAUGGAUCUCAAACUAAACAUCUUUUGUUACUCAAAUUAGAUGGAGUUUAUUUUAUCUAUAUUUUCAUUGUAAUUUCCUAUCUUCUGUUAUUGUAAUGGACAUUUAAAUCGCAUUUAUUAUCUAUGAGACUAUUCAUGGGUUCAGAAAUGUUUUUGUUAAUGAAGACUUCAUGAUCAACAAAAAUAUAUAUAUUCGUUUACUUACCUUAAUUGAUUUCUUUGGUACCGGUUCGGUUUUACUAAACCGGAAAUCACUUAUGAAUACCGAAAGCCCAUAAUUAACCAAAUGGAGAUGAAAACGCGAUGAUCAGGAGACAAACGAACGACCGAACCACCAAUCGCCGCCGUUCAAAACUAUGGCAGAACUGCAAAAAUUUCCGAACGUUGAUGCAAAUUCACGCUUUUAUGGUGGUUAAUGGUCUCAUGUCUAAUCUUUCUGUUGUUGGUGAGCUAAUUUACUCAGCUUCUUUGUCGGUUCCGGGUGCGCUUAAGUAUGCCCACAAGUUGUUCGAAGAAAUUCCUAAACCAGACGUAUCUAUUUGUAACCAUGUGUUGCGCGGCUCUGCUCAGAGCUUGAAACCUGAAAAAACGGUUGCUUUAUAUACUGAGAUGGAGAAACGAGGUGUGUCGCCUGAUAGGUAUACGUUUACGUUUGUUCUCAAGGCGUGUUCGAAGCUUGAGUGGAGAAGUAAUGGUUUUGCGAUUCAUGGGAAAGUUGUGAGACAUGGGUUUUUGUUGAAUGAGUAUGUUAAGAAUGCUUUGAUCCUUUUUCAUGCUAAUUGUGGAGAUUUGGGAAUUGCAAGUGAGCUUUUUGAUGAUUCUGCGAAAGCUCAUAAGGUUGCUUGGUCUUCUAUGACUUCUGGGUAUGCUAAGAGAGGGAAGAUAGAUGAGGCGAUGAGGCUUUUCGAUGAAAUGCCUGACAAAGAUCAGGUAGCUUGGAAUGUGAUGAUUACUGGUUGUUUGAAAUGUAGGGAGAUGGAUUCAGCAAGAGAGCUCUUUGAUAGAUUUACAGAGAAAGAUGUUGUGACUUGGAAUGCAAUGAUCUCUGGAUAUGUAAAUUGCGGGUACCCUAAAGAGGCGCUAAGUAUAUUUAAGGAGAUGAGGGAUGCUGGUGAACACCCAGAUGUUGUGACGAUACUGAGUUUGUUAUCUGCUUGUGCAGUUUUGGGAGAUUUGGAAACUGGGAAGAGACUUCAUAUCUACAUCUUGGAAACGGCUUCAGUUUCGAGCUCCAUAUAUGUGGGCACUCCUAUUUGGAAUGCUCUAAUUGACAUGUAUGCAAAGUGUGGAAGCAUAGAUAGAGCAAUUGAAGUGUUCAGAGGAAUGAAAGAUCGGGACUUGUCAACUUGGAAUACUUUGAUAGUUGGUUUGGCUUUGCAUCAUGCGGAGGGAUCAGUUGAAAUGUUUGAAGAAAUGCAAAGGUUGAAAGUCUGGCCAAAUGAGGUGACUUUCAUUGGAGUUAUAUUAGCUUGCAGCCACUCGGGGAGAGUUGAUGAAGGGCGUAAAUAUUUUAGCCUUAUGAGGGAUAUGUAUAAUAUUGAACCAAACAUAAAGCAUUAUGGUUGUAUGGUAGACAUGUUGGGACGAGCAGGGCUAUUAGAGGAAGCAUUCAUGUUUGUGGAGUCAAUGAAGAUCGAGCCUAACGCUAUUGUAUGGCGAACACUUUUAGGUGCUUGUAAGAUUUAUGGGAAUGUCGAGUUAGGGAAAUAUGCAAAUGAGAAACUGCUUAGUAUGAGAAAGGACGAGAGUGGCGAUUAUGUGUUACUCUCCAACAUAUAUGCUUCCACAGGUCAGUGGGACGGGGUGCAGAAAGUAAGGAAGAUGUUUGAUGAUACAAGAGUGAAAAAACCGACUGGAAUUAGCUUGAUCGAAGAAGAUGAUGACAAAUUGAUGAUGAGAUAUUUACUCUCGUCAGAAGCUGAGUCAAAAUCAAGAAAACGAAUUAGUUAAGGUAAAAACCCAACGCUUCAUUGGCUAACUAGGGACAGUAAGAUUGUAGAACUCAAUGCAAUGAUGGUAAUUUGAUAGAUUCUUUCUUUUUUUGUUCUCUUGAGUUUUAGAGUUCUCAACUUAGAACUAUGAGUAGUGAGCACCACAAUUUAUUAGGAAGUUUCAACAUCAAUGUUUAUGCUCUAUC